UCUGGUAACUGGCGCCAAGGUAACUUCAAAUAGUUUUUCUAGGGUUUCCGAAUUGUUUGACGAGAAGCCCAAAAGAAAAUAUCAGGUCAGAGAGGGUUUAUUUGUUCGAAUAGGGAAAAGGAAGGGGGCGAGGAUUUCAGGGAAUGGCUUCUUCACGGCCAUCAAAGCGAAGGCGACAAGCUCAGACCGAAGACCAUCAUACAGAUGACACAGAAUCACCGGCAGACUCAAAGUUGACCCUGGAAAAAUCUUCCCCUGUGGUGGUCUUCGCUCAUGGCGCUGGUGCUCCCUCGUCUUCUGAUUGGAUGAUCAGAUGGACGAAAAUGUUAAAGAAAGCGUUAAAUGCCGUUGAAGUAGUGACAUUUGACUACCCUUAUAUAUCUGGGGGAAAGAGAAAGGCUCCACCUAAAGCAGAAAAAUUGGUAGAUUUCCACUCAGAUAUCGUUAAAAAUGCAGUUUCCAAAUAUCCUGGGCAUCCUCUGAUUUUGGCAGGGAAAUCAAUGGGUUCAAGAGUCAGCUGCAUGGUGGCUGGCAGGGAAGACAUUGCUGCAUCAUUAAUUGUUUGCCUAGGAUACCCACUUAAGGGCAUGAAUGGAGCAGUGAGAGAUGAAACCUUGUUGCAACUUACAGUUCCUGUGAUGUUUGUCCAGGGUAGCAAAGAUGGUUUCUGUUCUUUGGAAAAAAUGGAAGCUGUUCGCAAGAAAAUGAAGGCAAUGAGCGAGUUGCAUGUGAUUGAUGGUGGUGAUCACUCAUUUAAGAUCUCAAAAAAGCACCUGCAGACUAAGGGAUCAACCCAAGAUGAAGCUGAAGAUGCAGCUGUUCAGGCCAUUGCAUCAUUUGUUUCCAGCUCUCUCACAGGAGGGUCUUUCCCUUUAGUCGCUGUCGCUGCUGCUGUCCUUGCUCUUCUUGUGCUUACUCUUCUCCUUAUCGGGCUUCUUCUUAUGCUCAGACUUUUUUUCCUUCUUUUCUUUCAUUUCUUUCUUCUCCUUCUUUUCUUUUAUUUUCUUUUCCUUCUUUCCAUGGCAAGUCAUGGCCGUGGCUUGAGCUGCAUGUUGCUGAACGUGGACGCCCUGGGUCUGGGUCUUGGACACAGCUUGCGUUUUACCGACACUCUUAGUCUCAGCUGCGACCAUUUCCUUGUGAACUUUGGCCUGGCCAGUGCUCAGGGGUUCAUGGCUCACUUCGUGGAAGGCUUUCUCAGUAGGGCGCUCGCAUUGUUCUGUGGCCAUAUCAACUUAAUAGGGAAAGAGAAGAGUGUUCACUCAGGCUCUUGCUUUGAGGUUGCCUGGUGAAAAUUACCAUUGCAA